AUGACUAACCCUUGUGAAGUGUUCACCAGUGGCUCCCUCUCCUCUUGGGAGGUGUCAGAGAAGAUGAGCAAGGGAAAAACAGUCAGCACAUCCUCGGAUCGUCUGGGCUGUUGUAGUCCCAAUGAGGUGGCCAGCAAUGGCUACAGCUCUCUCAGCCUCCAUGGAGAUGGUGGAUAUCGAUGCUCCUCUUACCCUUCCUUCUCCAUUGAUGGGAGACUCCUGACCCCCGUGCAUCUCGAUAUUGACCCCAACUUCCAAGCCAUGCGGCAGCAGGAGAAAGAGGACAUCAAGUUGCUCAACAACCAGUUCGUGACCCUAAUUGAGAAGGUCCAGUGCUUGGAACAACAGAACAAGAUCCUGACAACAAGGUGGAACUUCCUGAAGGAUCAAGAAAAUUCCCACUCAGAGUCAGACAUCAAGGCCAUCUACGAUCAGUACAUGAGCAAAAUGAAUCAAGAGAUGAAAGCGCUCAACUACGAGCAGGAAAAUCUCGAGUCGGAGCUGACAAAGGUCCUGAGCACCAUGGAUAACUUCCGAAGCAAGUAG